UCUUGAAAGUGAGAGAGAUAGAUACACGAAAAAUUCCCAUUUCCGAAAGAGAUGUCAAUGAACAAGAGCUCAACAACAACAUCAAUGAAGACUCUUCUGAUUGUAUUGGGUAUAGCCAUGUUGGUUUUCUCGGCGCAAUUUGGCGUCGGCGAGUGCAGAGCCCUCCGAUCGAUGGCGGCAUGCGAACAAGAAGGCGGCGGCGGCGGCGGUGGCAACGGAGCUGAUCAGUCUGUUGGAAUGGCUUCGACGUUUGUGGUUUCUGCUAACAACUCCAGCAGUAAUGGUCCUUUGGCAAGGAGCUUGGCGUUUAGGUUGGCUUCUGGACCCAGCAAGAAAGGCCCUGGUCAUUAGCCAACUCAUUCUUUUUUCGUUUUUUUUUUGUGUUGUUGUUGCACAAAGCCAUAAUUUGUGGCUUAUUAUUUAUUUCUUUUUGAUCUGUUAAGGAUUUUCUCAUACAUAUAAACUGUAAUCAUAGUUGAUAAAUUAGACACUUUUUGAGUUUUGAAGUGCUUGUAUUAGGCUUGUUUGAGCAUGUAUGCUCCAGGUACUAUGAAAUUGUGUAGAA